CAGAGUUUCCAAUCGGUAUAAAAGACGUUAUGGCCAUUCCAAUAGUCAUCAGUUCAGUUUGGUUCUUUGCAGUACAGUGUCUCCUAGAGCACCACAAGUGACACACGACUUUGUUCUAGUUAAAUAGAAAUUCCACAUUUUGUUUUAACCAUGAAGUGCUUUGUUGCCAUCGCCCUACUGGCUGUUGCCGUGAGUGCAUCGCCCAUCGAAUACGGACACUAUGGUGCCCCAGCUCUGGUGCACGCUGCCCCAGUUCUCCACGCUGCUCCAGUUGUGAAACACGUUGUCGCCGAGCCAGUCGCCUACCCGAAAUACUCGUUCAACUACGGAAUCAAGGAUCCCCAUACUGGUGACAUCAAGUCCCAGGCCGAAGAACGCGACGGUGAUGUUGUCAAGGGACAAUACUCCCUCGUCGAACCAGACGGUUCCGUGCGCACUGUUGACUACACCGCCGAUGACCACAACGGAUUCAACGCCGUCGUGCACAAGUCCGCUCCAGCUGUCCACAAGGUUGUUGCUGCCGCUCCAGUCGCUCACUACGCUCAUGCUCCAGUCCUCAGCCACUACGUUCACUAAGUUCACUACAAUCGGAAGGUUAAGCUAAGUGUGAUUUUGCUAAAACCACUUUAGCUUUUCCCAACCGUUUAAGUCACUCUCUCACAAAACUGUCUCCGCCAAGAAGCUUCCAAACUUCGAACUGCUCCCAGCAGUAAAAACUACUCACUCGUAUAAAUCGUUAAGCUACCAACAAAUCAUAAACAAAGCCCGCGAUACGCGCACACACAUGCAAAACCCGCUCUCUCAUCGAAAUGUUUCAUCGUUUUUAUGUUUUUGUUAAGUAAUUAUCGAAUUAUUCGCGCCUCAAACCUCAAGCUUUUCAUUACCUAUAAAGCUCGGCACAUUUUUCCGUGAUUACUUCACCCACUGUUUUCCGUUUAUCACUCACUUUUCGCCGGUUCCGGAGCGACCGAGAAACAUGAAACACAACAAACCCACUUUCGCUUUCCCGGUCGAAACAAAACCGGUCUCGAAACACAACACAAAACGUAAACAAACAUCGGCAGACGCACAACAUUUCGACUAAGCAGCGAACUACGUCUGGCACGUGCUGCUCAGUCGAGUUGUUUUCUCUCCCGACAAGAGUAGUGCGUCACUCACCUGUUGAGGGAUGCAACAACACCGCGUCUCCCCAAAGCCAUAUCAACCAUACGAAGGAAAAACAUCGCGAAUAUGACGCAUCACACUACGGCUACGCAACAUACCCUACAUGUUGCGCAACACGAAGUGUAGCCUACACUGCCAUCUAUUGCAAAUCAAGCGAACCAAAACAACCGGCGGGAAACGAUUACCUUCCAGAAGCAAGUCAAACAUUGAGCUCAACGCCCCCGCCACCUUCCACCUUUCGCGAUAGAGGAGACUUAUUUUCAAGUCAUCCUGCGGCAAGCCCAAUCUUUCCAUUAAGGUUUGAGUGCUGGUAAUCGACUCAACUCCCCCGGUUUAGAAUGUGAUAAUUGUUGUUCUAUAUCUAUUACUCUCAAACUGAUCUAUCACUUGUUAAAUCUAUCGUACUGAUUCUACACCUAUUUAAACUUCUAUACCUCUUUCUCUGCACCCUGUUACUCUUUACCUCACUUUCACUCUCUCUUCUUCGGUUAUCCUUCUCGCAAGGAGCGCCAAACCACCACGUGAAGAAGCUAGGAAGAAUCUAUCUCUCCCCCUUAGUCAUCUGCUUUAAACACGAGAACAAAAAAGCGAGAAUUGUUUUAUAUUGAAAAAAUGUGUAUUAUUUUUACAAAAAAUAAACAUCCAACGAAAAUAAAAGUUGCCACCCCGCUCCCACGUGGGUGACAAUGCCCAAAAAAAGUUCAAACUGUACAUACAGAAAUAAAAAUAUUUUAUCAAAAAAUCAUAAA